AUGAUCUAUUAAGCGCCGUUAUCAGAUAUCCUCUGUACGCAUCUGCGGACCUCUGCUUCGUCCAUUCGCCCCCUUGUCACCGGUAAAACGGUCUUCUGCUGCUUCUCGACGGCCUCCCGCUUGAAGGAUCCGACGAUCCUUGCCGCUGAGCCUCGGUUCGAGCCCUACCGCGGCUCAGACGGGGACAUGAAACCGCCGUUUUGGCUGUCAGCCUCUGCAAAUUCCCUCACCGGUUAUGGCCUUUCCGUCAACGCUUUGCGACUGCUCUCCACCGGCUCGUCUGCCAUGGCACAGGGAAGCGGGAAUGGGGCGUUCAAAUUUCUGGUCGAGGCAGCCGGUCUCCCUCUCGUCGAUUGCCCAAAUAGUAGAAAAAUAUUUUGUGCAAUUCCAACUGUCUCCGGCCACCCGCCUGUUUCGUACCUCAACUUGGCUUACCUAUUGCUGCUAACGAGACCGGCGACGGUGUAG